AUGAUUGAAAUUGAUAAAGUCAGUGAAUCAAAUCUAACAGCAAUCAUUCAUGCCACAGAAUCGUUGCGUCAAAUCAUAGACAAACACGAAAAGAGAGUGAUGCAACAGAUAGAAGAAAAUAAAACCAAGGAAAAAAAGCUCAUUGGAGAAUAUGAGCAACGACUACAAAGUGAACAAAGAAAUCUGAACACACAACGAGUACUCUUUGAAACACUCAAGUCGACAAAGAAUGACAUAAAGCUAUUAGAACUCAGACCAGAAUUACUUGAUAAUUUAAACAAAUUGCUGGAAAAUUUACACCGAUUGGAAAUACCUACUACAACCGGCGGUCGUCUUGUAGGACUGAAGCAACUUCCAGGACUUCAAGAAAGCAUUCUUGAAUGUGGACGUUUUGUCGAAUCUGAGACUGGCCAGUCUCCUCUAGCUCAAAAACGUACUAAUAGUAUUCAAGCAAAUUCCAACCUGUUUUUCGGCUAUGAACCUAUUAGUGAAGAAAACAUGAAGAUUAUCAUUGAUACGAUACGAAAUAAUAAAACACUAACUACAUUAAUGCUUGGCAAGAAUGAAAUUGAAGUGAAUGGAGCUAAGUAUCUAGCCAACUUAUUACAACAUAACAAUACGUUAACCACAUUAGGUCUCUUCAAUAAUCAAAUCGAAAAUGACGGAGUGCAAUACAUAGCUGAUGCCUUGCACGAGAACAACACACUUACUGCAGUAUAUUUUUUUAGAAAUGACAUCACAGCAGAUGGAGCAAAACACCUGGCCGAUGCAUUGAAAAAGAAUCAAACACUCACAAAAUUAGGCAUCUUCACAAAUCGAAUUGAGGAUCAUGGGAUAAAACACUUAGCCGAUGCACUGAAAGAGAAUAAUACACUGACUACCCUAGGUCUCUAUGGUAAUGAUAUCCGAGUUGAUGGUGCAGAACAUCUAGCCGAUAUUUUACGCAACAAUAAAGUACUCACAGCAUUAUACCUUUUUGAGAAUAACAUCGGAAAUGGCGGAGCAUUACAUUUAGCCAAUGGACUACGACAGAAUAAUACGCUCACUGCAUUAGGUCUCGGAAGAAAUGACAUUGAAGAGAAUGGAAUUCAGCAUCUGGCUAAUGCAUUACAAACGAACACCGUAACUCAUAAUUGUGAAUAA